AACAUUCAAGCUCUACGUUGUCAACACCUUUAUGUAAGAAAAUGCCAUCAAAAGCGUAUUUUUUACUUGUUUUGCUGUUCGUCGUAGGAAGUGCAGAUAACAAACAAUCGGAGAAAGCUGAAUUCACUACACAAUUGGAGGAUUCACAACAUAGCGGCAUUGAAAGACAUCGAUAUAAAAGGGGUCUUUUUGGAGUUGAAGAUCUAUACUUCCGGCAAUAUUUCCAAGAUAAAGGACUUCUUCAAAACUACAUAAACGCCAGAACACCAGAUGGAAGAAUAACAAACUGGAGGUCGUUGGGCGAUGGAUCAACUUCAUACACUGAUGCCAUUCGAAGAUCUACAAAUUAUUAUAAAGUUCAAGCAGAAAGUGGUCAAAAUGUGGAUGGCCAGUUGAGACGUGUUCAACAGAUUGUAGAUGACCGGGUCGCCCGAGCUAGCCGUUACGGAGGUCCAGAUCGAGGACAUAACCAUGCGAUCAACAACUGGCGAAAUGGACAGGAACAAAUUCAAGGAGGCCAGCGGACCUACUGGAACAGGUGUGGUCGGUCCAAUGGGCGCAAGAAAAGAGGAAUCGGUGCAUUAUUCCGUGGCAUUGCACGUCUCUUAGGUCGCCGAGGUUUAAGACGUACACGUACUGGAUUUAGACGUACAAGCACUGUCAGAAGAAUGAGAUGUUGAUCAAGAGAAGAAUGAGACUUUGAGUCUUAAAACAUUGCUAGAAGCUUAUGCAUUAACAAAUAAAAAACAAUACUUAUG